GGCUCCUCAGAGCAAGGGUGGCAGUCAGGCGAGGGAACCAGCCCUGCCCAGCUGCUGCCGCCCAGACUCCUGAUCCCCCGCCCUGGGCCCCCCUGCCAUGGCAGAGGAGACCUUCCCCUUCACCUCCUCCACCCUGCGCUCUCUCCGCCUGCAGCGGGAGUGGCUGGAAUGGGAGGACCGGCGGCGGGCAGCAGCCCAGCAGUGCCGGAGCCAAAGAUGCCCCCCAGAUUCCCAGGCCCGGCUCACUAGGCCACGCCGUUCCUGCCGGGACCCAGCUGUGCACAAUGCCCUGUUCUCCGGUGAGCUGCAGCAGAUCAAAGCCCUGUUCCAAGAUGAAGACGCUGCCAACAUGAUUGUGGAGACUGUGAGCAACCAGCUGGCCUGGUCAGCUGAACAGGGAUUCUGGGUGCUGACCCCCAAGGCCAAGCACACUGCACCUCUCACCAUCGCUGCUGCCCGAGGCUACACCAACUGCGCCCGCUACCUGAUCCGGCAGGGAGCUGAGCUGGAUGCUCGGGUUGGGGGCCGGGCAGCCUUGCAUGAGGCCUGUGCCCGGGCCCAGUUCGACUGUGUGCAGUUGCUGGUGACCUUCGGCGCCAAGGUCAACGUGUUGUCUGAGGAAGGCACAACGCCCUUGCACCUCUGCACGGUCCCCGAGUCCUUACAGUGCGCCAAGCUGCUGCUGGAGGCGGGAGCGUCUGUGAACUUGGCCGCGCGAGACAGCGAGGUGACGCCCCUGCACGUGGCGGCGGGGCGCGGCCUGGACGAGCAUGUGGCUCUCUACCUGGAGCACGGCGCCGAUGUGAACCUGCGCACCAGCCAGGGCGAGACGGCCCUGAACGCGGCGUGCGCUGGGGCCGAGGGGCCGAGCAGCCGCCGCCGCCACCAGGCCGCCGCGCGCCGGCUUCUGGAGGCUGGGGCCGAUGCCCGGGCGGCCGGACGCAAGCGCCACACGCCGCUGCACAACGCCUGUGCCAACGGCUGCGGGGGCCUGGCCGAGCUGCUGCUGCGCCACGGGGCCUGUGCGGCGGUCCCCAACGAAGCGGGCCACACGCCCAUGGACUGUGCACUGCAGGCUGUCCAGGACGCCCCCAACUGGGAGCCCGAGGUCCUCUUUGCUGCGCUGCUGGACUAUGGGGCCCAGCCUGUACGCCCAGAGAUGCUGAGACGCUGUGCCAACUUCCCUCGGGCCCUAGAAGUCCUGCUUAAUGCCUACCCUUGUGUCCCAUCCUGUGAUACCUGGGUGGAGGCCGUGCUCCCCGAGUUGUGGCAGGAGCACGAAGCCUUCUACAGCUCGGCCCUGAGCAUGGUGAACCAGCCAAGACGGCUGCAGCACCUGGCCCGGCUGGCUGUGCGUGCUCAGCUGGGUAGCCGUUGCCGACAGGCUGCCUCUUGCCUCCCACUGCCCCCGCUCCUCAAGGACUACUUGCUGCUGCGUGUGGAGGGGCGUAUCCAGUGAGCCCCAUGCCCAGCCACUGCCAGAGCUUGUCCUGCCCUUCCCAUCAGUCAUCCCUCCCAACCCUGGAGGACCAGUCUCUGACCUUCUUGUCCACACUCUCGUCCACAUGUCCUCCGGGGCCAGCUCAUCCAUUUAUUGGCUUCUUGAGCCACCUGUUGACCUCCAGCCUGACCUGAACUUCAGCUCCUCUCUCCAAUGGGAAGGUCUGCAGAUUCAACCUUUGCCCGCAUCCUCCUCCUUUGCCUAAGUGGAUGAUGGCCCCACCAUCCAGGCAGACCCCAAGCCAGGAGGAAGUGAUCUUGUCAUCCCCUCUGCCCUGCUCCUCAUGUACCCAUUCAGCCUCCUAAAGAGGGACAGACUCUGCCUCUAGCUAUACUGCCAAUGCCUGAUCUACCUUUGUCACCUUGAGGGAGGACCUCACUGACUGGUCUUGAAAUCCCCGUGCCCUGCAAGGAUGCUGGUAAUCAGAGCUCCGAUCAUGACCUUCAGUGGCUCUACACUACCUUCAGGAUAAUAUCAAAUCUCAACAAGGCAGAAUAAGUAUUUAGUCCCUGCCUCCGCCAAGCUCUCUGGCCUCCUGAUCCUGCUUUCCCCUUCUAAGGCUCCUGUAACCCAGCCUUAGCAAAUGAGUUACUGGAUUGCCAGAUAUGAGCUGCUCCCCUUAGCUUCCACGCAUCUACUUGUGCUGUUCCCUCUGCUUGGUCUACCCUUCCCACAUCUUUUUUUGCCCUGGUUGAAGCUGAUAUGAUCCUCAAGACUCAGCCCAAUAGCCCUCUCUCUGCAGAGCCUAUUUCGACGCCAGUAGGUAGCCUUCCUCAGUAUUGUACUUAUUUAUUUAGGAACCUGUAUCUGCCUCAAUGACACUGAGACUGGACUAUAUUCCUUAAACAGGCCUUUCAGGAAAUGGCUGUUGAGGGAGAAAGAAAUGCAUGAUGUCCCCCACCCAUUUAUGGUUGUGUUCCCCACCACCCAGUGAUGCACAGUGCCUUUAACUAUGGUCUUUGUGGUCUUUGAGGAUCCAUGACAGGAGAACCAGCCAUCAGCUUUCCCCUACUCUCUCUCACUUCCUGCUGUGGUCCCAGAGGCAAAAUUACUACUAUUCAUCCUUAAGAGGAAGCUUUUUAAGCUAAGCCAGUUUUUAUGAAUGCAAAUAAAUGAUUUGUGCACAGA